CUGCUGACAAAGUGGCACUGGGACAGAGACCAUAGGAAGCUUGUCCAAGUCAGACAGGAAGGGGAACAAGUCAAACAAAAGGUGUAGACUUUGAAGACCACAAAGAAGGAUAAACAAAAUAAGAGGCAACAGAAGUAGAAAAAGAGGACCCUUUAAUCUCCUAUAAACUGGACUAAAAAGUGUUGUCAUCAUGGCGAACACUGGCAUGCAGCUGAUCAGCUUCACCUGCGCGGUGACUGGCUGGAUCAUGGCGAUCGCUGUCACGGCCUUGCCUCAGUGGAAGGUCUCGGCCUUCAUCGGCAGCAACAUCCUGACCUCAGAGAUCAAGUGGGAAGGCAUCUGGAUGAACUGCAUCUACCAGACCACUGGUCACAUGCAGUGUAAGACAUAUGACUCCCUGCUGGCCCUGCCUCCAGACAUCCAGGCGGCCCGCGCCCUCAUGUGUCUGGCCAUCUUCAUGGGCUGGCUCUCCUGCACGGUGUCCUGCUGCGGCAUGAAGUGCACCACCUGCGCCGGGGACGACCGCCGGGCCAAGGCGGGCAUCGCGCUCUCAGGCGGGGUUCUCUUCAUUCUGACCGGCCUGUGCGUGCUGAUUCCCGUUUCCUGGACUGCUAACACCGUCAUCCAGGAUUUCUAUAACCCCAACGUGCCACUGAUGCACAAACGAGAGCUGGGUCAGGCUAUUUAUCUGGGCUGGGCGUCUGCCGUUAUUCUCAUGAUCAGUGGAGCUGUGUUGAGCAGCACCUGUCCCCUCAUGGAGAGGAGCGGCAGGUACCGCAGGGGCUAUAUAGGCCGGAGCUUUGCUAAUUCACCCGCUUCAGCACCAGAUCCCCCAAAACCUAUCACAUCUAAUAGUGUACCAUUAAAGGAGUACGUAUAGGAAGAGGAGGAAGGAACAGCAGUAGGUGGAGAGGGAGGAAGUUUAAAAGUGAAUG